AUGACCCACACCUGUCAGCCAAGCUGCUGCAAGACCACCUGCUGCAGGACCAGCAGCUCUGAAUCCAGCUCUGAAUCCAGCUGCCCUGUGCUCAUCUGCUGCCAGCCUUGCUGCGCCCCGACUUGCUGCAGCAUUCCCUGCUGCUGCAAGUCUGUCUGCUGCCACAGCACCAAAACUGUCAACAGCUCUUCCCAGCUGUGCUGCCCACCAGCCUGCUGUGACACUGCCUGCUGUGACAGCAAAUGUUGCAAACCAAACUGUGUGAGCAUCUGCUGCAGCACACCCUGCUGCAAGCCCAGCUGCUGCGUGCCCAGCUGCUGCGUGCCCACCUGCUGUGUACCCACCUGCUGCCAGCCCACCUGCUUCCAGCUUUGCUGCCUACCAACUUGCUGUGAAACCAGCUGCUGCAAGACCACCUCGAUUAAACCCACCUGUGUGGUCCUUGGCUGCAGCACACCCUGCUGCCAGCCCUGCUGUGUGUGCCCACCUGAGGAUGAUGACCAGUUCCCAAAGGAGCCACCAGCAGCAGCCGCCACACCAUGUGGGCACAAAACCACCUCUUAA